UCCAUCCAUACUUCUUUUUUUUUUUAAGAAGAUAGAAGUCAGGAUUAAAGGGGUACUUGGGAGAUUAGAAAAUCUAGCAAGUCAACAGAAUGGCAUGUGUCUAGUACAAGCUAGUACCGUCAGAAGGAAACCAUCUGAAAGAUUGCCCACUACUUCUUUGAUAGAAGAUUCAGAUAUUUGUGGUAGAAAUGAUGAUAAGGAUGAAAUAAUUAAUAAGUUACUUCCUGAUGAUGCUAGUGACAAUAAGAUAGGUGUGAUUGCCAUAGUCGGCAUGGGGGGAAUGGGCAAGACCACCCUUGCUCAACUUGUAUACAAUGACAACAAGGUCCAAAAGCAUUUUGACCUUGUAGCAUGGGUUUGUGUUUCAGAGGAAUAUGAUGUGUUUAAAGUAAUGAAAACAAUCCUGGAAGCAGUAACUUCUUCGACCAGUGAUAUUCAAGAUCUAAAUCGCCUUCAACUUCAAGUAAAUGAGAGAUUGAUGGGAAAGAAAUUCCUAUUGGUCUUGGAUGAUGUUUGGAAUAGGAAUUAUACUGAUUGGGAGAUAUUAAGCAACCCCUUUAAAUCUAGGGCACAAGGAAGUAGGAUCAUCGUAACAACGCGCGAUCUUGGUGUUGCAUCAGUUAUGCGUGCAUUUGCAACCCAUCAUCUAAAGGAGUUACAAGAGGAGGAUUGUCAGAAACUAUUUGCAAGACAUGCAUUUCAUGAUGCUAACUCUAUGAAUUUAGAGUUUAAAGAGCUAGGUCGACAAAUUGUAGAAAAAUGUAAACGUCUACCUUUAGCAAUAAAGCUAAUUGGGGCUCUCUUGCGAGACAAAGUUGAUGUUAGUGAAUGGGAUAUGGUUUUGAAUAGUGAAAUAUGGAGUUUGUCAAAUGAAAUUCUUCCUGCUCUAAGAUUAAGCUAUAAACACCUUCCCUCAUAUAUAAAACGGUGUUUUGCUUACUGUUCAAUAUUUCCAAAAGACUAUGCCUUCAAGAAAGAUCAAGUUGUUUUAUUAUGGAUGGCAGAAGGUUUUCUCCACAAAACUGAAAACAGAACAAUGGAACAAAUUGGUGAUGAUUAUUUUGUCACUCUUGUAUCAAGAUCAUUAUUUCAAAAGUCGAGUGGGGAUGAGUUUAGCUUUGAGAUGCAUGAUCUCAUCAAUGACUUGGCAAAAUUUGUGUCUGGCGACUUUACAUUUAGGUUGGAGGUUGAUAGCCGUUCUCAUCGAAAUGUUAACAAGACUCGUCAUGUGUCGUAUGCUAGAGAAAGGUAUGAAAACUUUAAGAAGUUCGAGGCUCUUCAAGAAGCUACGCAAUUGCGUACAUUUUUGGCAUUACAAUCAUAUAAACUUUGUUACUGCACAACUAAAAAGUUGUUUCGUGAUUUAUUGUCAAUGUUAAGUUGUUUACGGGUGCUCUCCCUAUCUGACUAUUGGUAUAAGUUGGAGUUGCCAGAAUCAAUUGGAAAAAUGACGCAAUUACGUUAUUUGAACAUUCAUCGUAUGAAAAUUAUAAGGUUGCCUGAUUCUGUGUGUAAGUUGUACAAUUUGCAAACAUUAAAGUUAUCUCAUUGUUAUCAUCUGAAACAAUUGCCAAGAGACAUGCAAAAACUGGUUAAUUUACGCCAUCUUGAUUUGACUCAAACUCCCUGCAUAAUGGAGAUGCCGAUACAUAUGGGCAAACUAAAAUGUCUCCAGACAUUAACCAAGUUUGUCGUUAGCAAACUCACUGGAUGUAGCAUUAGAGAAUUGGGAGAGCUUGCAAAUCUUCGAGGAGCACUUUCUAUCUUGGAUCUUGAAAAUGUUGAAUCUUUCAAAGAUGCAGAAGGUGCAUGCUUGAGGAAUAAAAUGGACCUUAAAGAGUUGGCAUUAACGUGGAAAGUAGGUUCAAAUACUGAGAUUUCGGAAAGUCAAAGAGAUGUACUCAACGGUCUACAACCACACAGAAACCUGAAAAGUCUCACUAUAAAUUACUACAUGGGUGGAAGUUUUCCAAAUUGGGUAGGGGAUCAUUCCUUCCCUAAUGUAACGUCUAUUCAUUUGGAAAACUGUACAUAUUGUUGCAGCUUACCAGCACUUGGGCUGCUACCCUCUUUACAAAACCUCUCUAUUGUUGGUUUUGAUGGAAUUGUAGCAGUGGGUGAAGAGUUUUACGGAAGUACUGGUUCUUCUUCUAUUAAGCCAUUUGGGGCAUUGAAAUUUUUAAAAUUUCAGCAGAUGUUGAAUUGGGAGAAAUGGUCUUCGUUUGGUGAUGAAAAUGAAGGAGGAGCUUUCAAUCGUCUCGAGCAGCUUUCUAUUUGGUCAUGCCCAAAGCUAACGGGAGAUUUGCCCAUUCACCUUCCUUCUUUGGUUAUCCUUAAGAUUACAGACUGUCCGAAGAUGCUAGCUUCACUCCCAAGGGCUCCGGCUAUACAGCAAUUGAUAUUGAAAGAUUAUGAAGUGGAUAUGGGUGGUCUACCCUCUACAUUAAAAAUGCUUGAAAUAGACAGUUAUAAGAAGUUGGGGCUCCCAACGAACUUGUACUAUUCAGGCCUUGAAUAUUUGAACUUUUCCAAUUGUGAUUCUCUCUGGUCCUUCCCAAUGGAUUUAUUCCCAAAUCUUAGGCGUCUGGAAUUUCGGAAGUGUAGGAAUCUAGAAUAUCUUACAGUUGCAGAACAAGAUCAACAUGAUUUAGUGGCCUUGUCGUCUCUAUCUAUCAACGAGUGUCCUAAUUUUGUGUCAUUUCCUGACAAGAUGCACAUGCUCCUUCUAUCUCUUACUCAAUUAUGGAUAGAACUGUGUACAAAUAUUGAGACGUUUCCAGAAGGGGGCUUGCCUUCCAGUCUGAAUGAACUUUGUAUUUGGGAUUGUGAGAAACUCGUUGAGAGUCGGAUGGGGUGGAGUUUGCAAAAUCUUGCCUCUCUUAGAAAUUUGACAAUUGGAGGUGGAUCGAAAUUAGAUGUGGUGUCUUUUCCGAAGAAGGGGUUGCUUCCCACAAAUCUGAUCAGUUUGGGAAUUCAUGAAUUCCCAAAUUUGACGUCGUUCAACAAGAAUGGGUUUGAGAACCUCACUUCUCUUAAAAGUUUGUAUAUCACUGAAUGCCAAAAGCUGGAGUGCAUCUCAAAAGAGGGGAUUCAGCGCCUCACCUCACUUGAAAACCUGACAAUUCGGAACUGUCCAAAGUUGGAGUACUGCAUGUUAGAAGAGGGGCUUCAACACCUCACUUCCCUUUCUUUCCUAGAGAUCGAGAAUUGUCCUUUAUUAACGAAGAGAAGGUGGUGGGAAAGAAGAAAAGGAAAAGAAUGGUGGCACAAGUUUGCUCACAUCCCCAUCAAAAAAGUUGACGAUGAAUUGAUUGAGUGAGCCAACCAAAAGUAUAUGAUCAAAACAAGGACACGUGACAUGAUCAAUGUGGGAAAAAUGGCUAUUCAUCGGCACUAAAGUUUUUGCCUUGUGAAAUUGUAACAUGUUGGAAGUUAAGAAGAGUUAGAUGAGAAGCUGAGAUAUUAGCAGAUAACAAGUGGAACUGGAACAUUAUGUGAAGCAAUGUUUUGAAAUGCUAUAUAACUUUAAGUCCUUUGCUUGUUCGAAUUGCAUUUUGCAAAUAAAUAAGUUUUAGGGGGUUUGGAUUUCCUCCAAGAAUCCACUUGAUUUAGAAAUUCAA